UUAAAAAUAUUUAAUAAUCUUUUUGUUAUUUAAGAAAAAAUGCCAAAAGUUAAAAGAAGUCGUAAGCCACCACCAGAUGGCUGGGAACUAAUUGAACCUACAUUAGAUGAGUUAGAUGCAAAAAUGCGUGAGGUUGAACAGGAUCCACAUGAAGGCAAGCGUAAAGUUGAAGCUCUAUGGCCCAUAUUUCGGUUACAUCAUCAAAAGUCAAGAUAUCUUUAUGAUUUAUUUUAUAAAAGAAAAGCUAUCAGUAGAGAACUUUAUGAUUAUUGUGUUAAAGAAAAUAUUGCUGAUGCUAACUUAAUUGCUAAAUGGAAGAAACAGGGUUAUGAGAACUUAUGCUGCUUGCGUUGUAUUCAACCCAGAGAUACAAAUUUUGGUACAAACUGUAUUUGUCGUGUUCCAAAACCCAAGUUGGAAGAAGGACGUGUUGUAGAGUGUAUACAUUGUGGAUGUCGUGGUUGUUCUGGGUGAAACUUUCUGAUUAUAUUAAUUGGUUAAUAUUUCCUGUUUAAAAGUUUUUGGUAAUCACCAAAAAAGUUAAACAUUUCCUCUGUUGAAAUUUAUAAAUCAGUUGUAAAUUUUGAGUUGAGAUCUUUAUUUUUUAACAAUAAAUAUAAAAUAAA